AUGCCGGCAAGACCUCCUCCUCCAUCUCUUCAUCUUGGUGGAGGGGAAGCAGCGGCUGAGGAACCGGAUCAGGUAGGGGGAAGGAGCCUUGGGGGGAGGAAGGAUGAGGGGUGGGGGAGACAGGGGAUUCUGAGACUUGCAUAGACAUAUUGAUCUGAAUAAAACAAGGUGGAGUUCCCCCAUUUUCACUAAGAUUCAUACCCAUCAUUAAAAUACACUAUGAAAGAACUCGAUUAAAGCAUUAAAAUAAGCAUCAAUAAUCCAAAUGUGGAGCAGACCAAUCCAAUUAAAACAAUCCAGGCAGGAAGCAAAAGAGCAACGUGCAGGAAAUAAUCUUCAUGCUGCCUAAGAGAAGGAUAUUUUUCUUUCAGAGCUCAGUUUCUUUUGAAGAUGUCGCUGUUCGUUUCACGGCUGAGGAGUGGGCGUUGCUGGAUCCUGCCCAGAGAGCUCUGCAUAAGGAAGUCAUGGAGGAGACUUGUAGGACCAUGAUCUCUCUGGGUAAAGUUCCCGCUUGGGUCAUAAUAUCUUUUUUGGAAUUCAGUAGAUAUUUCUCUGGGACAAACCUUCCAUAUUUGGAUGGAUCCCAAUGUUGCCACCUAGAGCACCUGGGAUUCUCACACCCCACAGCUCACCUUGAAUGGAGGGGACUGUUUUGUCUGUGAAUAUUGUUCCUCUGCUUCUGUCUUUUUGCACAGGGAUCAGGAUGUGGAUAGGCUUUCUAAGUGUUGCUUCUGUCAGGUUUUUGUUUCUGUCCAUUUUUGGUUGAGCAAAGGGACUUUUUAUUUUAAGAAAUUGAUUUUUAUUGGAAGUUUUCCAAUUAAAAUAGAAUAGAAAUUAGAGUAUGUUAAGCCCAAGCUCUUUGUAUCCUUAUUCCAGACACAGAAGAGCGAACCCUCCCAGCUCCCACCUGGGAGCCUCGUCCCCUUUCCUCAGCCCUUCAUCUGCUCUCCAUCACCUUCCUGUGUGUAUCCUCCCUUAUCCAAGAUAUGAAAAUUCAAAAAAGACUUCCCAUCUUCAGAUCUUCAUUUAUCACAAAUGUUCAUUAGCAUUAUUCAAAAACUGAGAACUCCAUUUCUUUCUUAGGCUCUGAUCUGUUCCUCUCUUUGUUGCAGGUGGUGAUGAAUUAGAAAUUAAGAACAAGGGACAACAGGACAAAAUCCACACAGUGGAGAAGCCAUAUCAAGAUUUGGAGUGUGGGGAGAACUUCAGUCAGAGCUCCCAUGCCACUUCCCAUCAAAGAAAUCCUAUUGGGAAGAAACCCUUUCAGUGCCUGGAAUGUGGAAAGAGCUUCAGUCGGAAGGAUAGUCUUACUUCCCAUCAAAGAAUUCAUUCAGGGGAGAAACUAUAUCAGUGUUUAGAAUGUGAUAAGUUCUUUACUACAAGAAGAGACUUCCAUCGACAUAAGAGAAUUCACAGUGGGGAGAAACCAUAUCAGUGUUUGGAAUGUGGGAAGAGCUUCAAUCACAGCUCACAUCUCAAAACCCAUCAAAGAAUUCAUACGGGAGAGAAGCCCUAUCACUGCCUGGAGUGUGGAAAGAGCUUCAGUCAGAGCUCCGGUCUCACUUCUCAUCGAAGAAUUCAUACACGGGAGAAACCAUGUCAAUGCUUAGAGUGUGGAAAGAGUUUCACUUGGAAUAAUAGUCUUACUUACCAUCAAAGAAUUCAUAUAGGUGGAAAACCAUUUCAGUCCCUGGAAUGUGAGAAGUUCUUUACUACAAGAAGAGACUUCCAUCAACAUAAGAGAAUUCACAGUGGGGGGAAACCCUAUCAGUGCUUAGAGUGUGGGAAGAGCUUCAGUCGGAAGGAUAGUCUUACGUCCCAUCAAAGAAUUCAUACAAGGGAGAAACUAUAUCAGUGCUUAGAAUGUGAUAAGUUUUUUACUAUAAGAAGAGACUUCCAUCGACAUAAAAGAAUUCACAGUGGGGAGAAACCAUAUCAGUGCCUGGAAUGUGGGAAGAGCUUCAAUCACAGCUCACAUCUCAAAACCCAUCAAAGAAUUCAUACAAGGGAGAAACCAUUUAAUUGCUUGGAGUGUCGAAAGAGCUUCAGUCGGAAGGCUAGUCUCACUUCCCACCAAAGAAUUCAUAUGACGGAGAAACCCGAAUAG